AUCAUCACCCCCAUGUUAGGUCAUAGGAUGGGCAGAUGAAUGGCUCCAUGUAGUUUGGAAUUUAUCCAUGGGUAUAUUGGGAGUAAGGAGUCUAAUCUCAUAAGAGGCUCAAGCUGCUUGAGGCCGCAUGGAGAAGAGGAAGUGAGCGACCAGAAGUAUUGUAGUUUUACACUCUGAUUGUGUCUGUUGUGUCACACCACUCUCGGGAGAGGAAGGAUUUUUCUGUCGGAGAUGUUUAUUCUCAGUGCAUUGAGAGUGCAGUGGGUUGAGGAGAACCCUGGAGCUGCUUUCAUGGAUUUACCAGGAUGUUUAGGUUCAUGCGCUUGAGUUGUAUCUGAGUGCAGAGAUGCCUCUGUUGAUUGUUGAGACUAGUUGCAGCCUGAUUGGCUGGUUGUUUCUGUACAUGUUGCUGUGUCACUUGAACAGUGAUAGAGAUUAUGAGUGGAACUGCAGGCUGGUAACUUUGCUCCAUGGCAUCGUGAGCGUCUGUGUGACUGCCUACAUCGGGUUCAUUGCUGGGCCAUGGCCUUUCACACACCCAGGCACUGAAAACACACCUCUCCAGAUCCUGGCUCUUGUUCUCAGCUUGGGAUACUUCUUCUUCGACAUGGUUUGGUGUGUGUAUUUCCGCACUGAGGGUCCGGUGAUGUUGGCCCACCACACCAUGAGCAUCUUUGGAAUCCUGCUGGCACUGGGACUUGGCGAGUCGGGCAUCGAGACCUGCGCUGUCCUCUUCGGCAGCGAGAUCACCAACCCGCUCUUGCAGGCCCGCUGGUUCCUCAAGCGCAUGGGCCGCUAUGACAGUUUAGCUGGAGAUGCGGUGGACCUGCUCUUCAUUCUUCUGUUUGCCUCUGUGAGGAUCGGUGUUGGCAGCAGAAUGCUGUACUGUGAAUUAACCUCUCCAAGGCCAUCGCUGAUAGUGAAAGUUUGUGGGGUGGCUAUUUACACUCUCUCCUGGAUCUUCAUGGUGGACAUUGCACGUUUUGCCUGCAGGAAAACUCGCUCCAAAUACAGGCGAUGGAAGGAACAGUACAAGCUGGAGGAUUCUAAUGGACGUGCUGAUAAAUUGAAAUAGGUCAUUCUGUGAAAAAAUGGCAAAUCUAAACUGCUAAUAUAUGUAGCUCGAAGAAUUGUGUUAAUUAAUACAGUUCCUACACCAUUUUUUCACCAAUUAAUUUUCAUUACUUUUUGCUGGAUACAUUUACAUAGGUUGCACUCAUAAAAAGUGAAAUAUUUAAAACAUAACUAGAAAAAUGUCCUAUUUCCAAUUCCCGACUCUUCCAAAUUUUAUUAUUUACUUACACAAAUUCUCCAUGACAUAUAAAGAUUUUUUUCAAUUUUAUGCCAUAUUGGGAUUUUGUUCAUUUCUACCACAUAUUAAGAUUUUAUUAAUUUCCACAACUUUUCCAUAACAUAUUAAAGUAUUAUUAAUUUCCACAACUUUUCAGUAACAUAUUGAGAUUGUAUUCAUUUUCAGAUCUUUUCCAUGACAUGUUAAGAUUUUAUUAAU